CCGGUCGGCCCAGGCCCCGCCCCCAGGCCGCCGGCUCCGUUUACUGCGCGCGCAGUUUGUUGCAAACCCGGAAGCAGAUCUCUUGGAGUGAAGGCUGUUCGUCGCCGCAGUCUCACUCUGUUUCCCAGACUGGAGUGCAAUGGCACAAUCUCAGCUCACUGUAAUUCUGCCUCCCGUGUUCAAGCGAUUCUCGUGCCUCAGCCUCCCGAGUAGCUGGGAUUACAGGCAUGCACCACUACACCUGGCUAACUUUUGUAUUUUUAGUAGAGACGAGAUUUCACUACUCCUGACCUCAGGUAGAACCCUGAAAGAAGAGGAAGAGGAAAGCAAAGGAGUCAGGGAUGGCUCUUCGUCAGAUAUCUCUUGUGAAUGUGUAAACAAGGAUUUGCCACCAAAGGGGAAGAACAAUAUGGGAGAAGCAUUCUACACGGUGAAGUUGGAGAGACUUGAAAGCCAUGACACUGAAGGCUUGUCCUUCCAGGAAGUUCAGAAAAAUACAUAUGACUUUGAGUGUCAGUGGAAAGAUGAUGAAGGAAAUUCUAAAAGAGUACUUACGUUGCAAAAAGAAAAUCUCCCUGGUAGAAGAGAUCAACGUGAUAGAAGGGCUGCAGGAAACAGGCUUGUUGAAAAUCAGCUUGGAGUAAGCUUUCAGUCACAUCUGCCUGAACUGCAGCAAUUUCAAGGUGAAGGGAAAAUUUAUGAAUACAAUCAAGUUGAAAAGUCUCUUAGUAAUCGAGGAAAACAUUAUAAAUGUGAUGAAUGUGGCAAGGUCUUCAAUCAAAACUCACGGCUAACAAGUCAUAAGAGAAUUCAUACUGGAGAGAAGCCUUACCAGUGUAAUGAGUGUGGCAAAGCCUUUACUGUUCGUUCAAACCUAACAAUCCAUCAGGUCAUCCAUACUGGAGAAAAACCUUACAAAUGUAAUGAAUGUGGAAAGGUCUUCAGUCAACCUUCAAACCUUGCAGGUCAUCAGAGAAUUCAUACUGGAGAGAAACCUUACAAGUGUAAUGAGUGUGGCAAAGCCUUUAGAGCACAUUCAAAACUAACUACACAUCAAGUUAUCCAUACUGGAGAGAAACCUUACAAAUGUAAUGAAUGUGGCAAGUGCUUCACUCAAAAUUCACACCUUGCAAGUCAUCGAAGAAUUCAUACUGGGGAGAAGCCUUACAAGUGUAAUGAGUGUGGCAAAGCCUUUAGUGUUCGCUCAAGCCUAACUACCCAUCAGACAAUCCACACUGGAGAAAAACCUUACAAAUGUAAUGAAUGUGGCAAGGUCUUCAGGCACAAUUCAUACCUUACAAAGCAUCGGAGAGUUCAUACUGGUGAGAAACCUUACAAGUGUAAUGAGUGUGGGAAAGCCUUCAGUAUGCAUUCAAACUUAACUAAGCAUCAGAUCAUCCAUACCGGGGAAAAACCUUUCAAAUGUAAUGAAUGCGUCAAGGUUUUCACUCAGUAUUCACACUUAGCAAAUCAUCGAAGAAUUCAUACUGGAGAGAAACCUUACAGGUGUGAUGAGUGCGGCAAAGCCUUUAGUGUGCGAUCAAGCCUAACUACCCAUCAGGCAAUUCAUACUGGAGAAAAGCCUUACAAAUGUAAUGACUGUGGUAAGGUCUUCACACAAAAUUCACACCUUGCAAGUCAUCGGGGAAUUCAUUCUGGAGAGAAACCUUACAAGUGUGAUGAAUGUGGUAAAGCCUUCAGUCAAACAUCACAACUUGCAAGGCAUUGGAGAGUUCAUACUGGAGAAAAACCUUACAAGUGUAAUGAGUGUGGCAAAGCCUUUAGUGUUCAUUCAAGCCUAACUACCCAUCAGACAAUACAUACCGGACAAAAACCAUACAAAUGUAAUGAUUGCGGCAAGGUCUUCAGGCACAAUUCGUACCUUGCAGUUCAUCAGAGAAUUCACACUGGUGAGAAACCUUACAAGUGUAAUGAGUGUGGCAAAGCAUUUAGUGUACAUUCAAACCUAGCUACCCAUCAGGUCAUCCAUACUGGAGAAAAACCUUACAAAUGUAACGAAUGUGGCAAGGUCUUUACUCAAAAUUCACAUCUUGCAAAUCAUAGAAGAAUUCACACUGGAGAAAAACCUUAUAGGUGUAAUGAGUGUGGGAAAGCCUUUAGUGUUCGCUCAACCCUAACUACCCAUAUGGCAAUCCAUACUGGAGACAAACCUUACAAAUGUAACGAAUGUGGCAAGGUCUUUACUCAAAAUUCAAACCUUGCAAAACAUCGAAGAAUUCAUAGUGGAUAGAAACCUUACAAAGGACGCUGGGCAUGGUGGCUCAUGCCCGUAAUCCCAGCACUUUGGGAGGCCAAGGUGGGGGGAUCACCUGAGGUUGCGAGUUCGAGACCAGCCUGGCCAACAUGGUGAAAUGCUGUCUCUACUAAAAAUACAAAAAUUAGCUGGGCAUGGUGGUGCACACCUGUAAUCCCAGCUACUCGGGAGGCUGAGGCAGGAGAAUCGCUUGAACCCAGGAGGCGGAGGUUGCAGUGAGCGAGAUCAUGCCAUUGCACUCCAGCCUGGGCAACAAGAGUGAAACUCCGUCUCAAAAAAAAAAAAAAAAAAAAAAAAGUAACCUUACAAAGGAGUGUGGCCAGUUCUUCAGCCACAAAUUACUUCUUUCACAACAUCAGAGAAUUCAUUCUUGAGACAAUUCUUACAAAUACAGUGACUGUGGCAAACUCCUGAUGAGUUUAAGCAUUAACAGACAUCAGAGUUCAAAUCCUGUCAAUAUACUAUGUAUGACAGAAGCUUUAUCCAGGUCUCAGAGCUCAAUAGGCAUCAAAAGAUACAUCUUUGAUGAAAUCACACAAAUGUAACAUGCGUGCUGAGACUAUUACUCCUGGACCACAACUGUAGGUGAGGAUUCAUAGGAAGAGUAGAACUCAGUCUCUAGUUUCCUCAUAACCCUCUGAUAUUAUAUACUUCAGCAUAAUCAGAAGUCCAAAUGUGUUAAAACUCAUUACAUGAUACAUAUCAAAGGUUGUAGGAUGUUUGGAAAUGGCCAAUUACUUUCAGCUUAUAAAAUGUUUUGUUGAAGUAUUUAAGAUUUAUUGAAAAGGCUACUAUUUAUAACUUCCAACCAGAACUUUGCAAUCUGCUGAUUUUAUACAUGAUUAUAUGCCUUACAUGGUGUUGUUUGGGGAAGAAUCAAAGGAUGGAAGGGCUCACUCAUUAGGUGAGGAUUAUUUCUCUCCAAGCUCCUGAAGAAGAAAGACUCCGUCUUUUAAAAUUAAAUAUAGUCUGAAUUAGAGAGCACUUGGAAAGGGCAGAGGAUAAUGAACUACGAUGUCACUCGUCAUCCUUAUUGCACUCCAGGUGCCCUUCUUCUGACAGAAGGGCACUGUGGGUAUGGAAAGAAAUUCUCUACUGGCCGGGCACGGUGGCUCACGCCUGUUAUCCCAGCACUUUGGGAGGCCGAGGCGGGCAGAUCACCUGAGGUCGGGAGUUCGAGACCAGCCUGACCAACAUGGAGAAACCCCAUCUCUACUAAAAAUACAAAAUUAGCCAGGCAUGCUGGUGCAUGCCUGUAAUCCCAGCUACUCAGAAGGCUGAGGCAGGAGAGUCGCUUGAACCCGGGAGGCAGAGUUUGUGGUGAGCCGAGAUCGUGCCACUGCACUCCAGUCUGGGCAACAAGAGCGAAACUCUGACUCAAAAAAAGAAAGAAAUUCUCUACCAACAGACCAUGAAAUAGAGCCAGGAAGGCACUCGGAUUUUUAUUAGAGGAGAGUAAUAGCUUAUUAGGGACUGAUGUGUGGUACAAAUAAUGCAGAAAAGUGGAGGCUACCUUCUCCAUCAAAUGCCAAUAGCUGUUGCAUAGCAAAGAUUGAUUUUUUUUUUUUUUUGAGAUGGAGUCUUGUUCUGUUGCCCAGACUGGAGUGCAGUGAUGCAAUCUCAGCUCACUGCAACCUCCGCCUCCUGGGUUUUAGCGAUUCUCCUGCCUCAGCCUCCCAAGUAGCUGGGAUUACAGACAUGUACCACCACGCCUGGCUAAUUUUUGUAUUUUUAGUAGAGACGGGGUUUCACUAUGCUGGCCAGGCUGGUCUCGAACUCCUGACCUCAUAAUCCGCCCACGUUGGCCUGCCAAAGUGCUGGGAUUACAGGCUGGAGCCACCGUGCCCGGCCGGCCGAGCAUAGGCAGUUUAAUCAAAGUAACCAGAAUCCCAUGUUUGUUACUAGGAUUUACAUUAACUGCUGGAAUCACAUUUUGCUACUAUUUAAGAAUGCAUCAUAGAUUUAAUGUUUUAACUAAUAAAAUUUGAUGUAUUUUAUAAGUAUGAAUGAAUCAUUUCUUGCCAACAUAGUUUUAUCCUACCUCAGUAGCAUACUUCAUAACAGAUAACAACAGUGCACCAUUAAGCUAUCGAAGGAUCUGGAACAAUGAUUUCCAUUGUUGGAUCAAACAACAUAUAAUUUUCAGAAACUAAGUGUAUUUUGGUUUUUUUGUUUGUUUGUUUGAGAUGGAGUUUCAUUCUGUCACCCAGGCUGGAGUGCAGCGGCGUGAUCUCGGCUCACUGCAACCUCUGUCUCCCGGGUUCAAGCAAUUCUCCUGCCUCAGCCUCCCAAGUAGCUGGGAUUAUAGGUGCCCGCUACCACGCCUGGCUAGUUUUUGUAUUUUUAGUAGAGACAAGGUUUCACUAUGUUGGCCAGGCUGGUCUCGAACUCCUGAACUCAAGUGAUCCACCUGCCUUGGCCCCCCAAAGCUCUGGGAUUACAGGUGUGAGCCACCAUGCCCAGCCCAGAAACUAAUUGUAUUUUGUACUUGAAUUAUUCUCUCCACACUCUGCCUUGGGAUACUUAUGUGGUAUAAUGAAAAUCCCAUAGAAAGGAUAUUUCAGACUCUCACACCCUGAAGUCUGCAUUGCUCUUGAUGCAUAUGCACAGUAUUAUUAUAUUUUUGUAUGUCUCUUUCUUGCAUGCCGAAUAACACCUAUGGCAUUUAUCUUGAUGUACCUGAAGUGAAAAUACAAGUAUAGUAAAAAUAUGACAUAUUAGGAAACAAAAAAGUGUAGGGAAUAUGGAUAAAAACAACAACAUCUCUUUUUUACCCUUGGAAUGCUCAGUGGCAAUUGGAAAAAUUAAUAUAUAUAAAUUUUCUUUUAAGAAAGAACAUAACACAUACAGAUUUUUUUUUCCUGGCAGAUAAACUACAAAGUUUAUAUGUUCACCCUCAUAACAUUUUGAUAAUUUGAACUUGUGACUUCUCUACUGGAACUGUAUCAAACUUCACCUAAAGUUUGGUUGAGAAGUGUUAUGAGACUGUUGAUUACAUAAUGUGGGUUUCUGGGGAAAGCUGGGUAGACUUCCAAAGCUGGUCCAGAAAUGGCUUGAGAGCCCAGAUAAGCAACUUGCUUGGUGUGUUAUGGUUGAUAAGGUGUGGGGAUGGGUUAGAUGAAGCUUUGUGUGGUUUGAACGUCCAUCUAGUGACAAAGGAGGAAGCACUCAAGCAUGAUCAGUUUGACCAAAUGGGCAGAACAAGAGGUGCAGAGCUGUAAAAGUGUUAGUAGUACAACAUCACAAAAUGGAGACUGACACUAGUACACUGAAUUAUUUACUCUGGAAACUCCUGAAUUCUUGGUUUGGGAAGACCCCAGCUUUCUUUUUUGUUUGUUUGUUUUGUUUUGUUUUUUGAGACAGAGGCUUGCUCUGUCACCCAAGCUGGAAUGCAGUGGUGUGAUCUCGGCUCACUGCAACCUCCACUUCCCAGGUUCAAGUGAUUCUCCUGCCUCAGCCUCCCAAGUAGCUGGGACUACAAGGCAUGUGCCACCACGCCUGGCUAAUUUUUGUAUUUUUAGUAGAGACAGUUUCACCAUGUUGGCUAGGCUGGUCUCGAACUCCUGACCUCAAGUGAUCCACCCGCCUCUGCCUCCCAAAGUGUGAGCCACCACGCCCUGCCCUAGUUUUCUUCAUAGUAAUAUUCUACAUUUAUUUGUCUGCGGUACCCAUAGGACUCAUUAAAAAUAACACAACUGUUGAAAAUGUUUUUGAAAUCCUGUUUAGUUAUAAUGCCUAAGAUGUUUUUAUACUAAGUGAAAAUCUGUGGAAAAGUUUAUUACAUAAUAAAUGUGAUUAAGCAGUUUUACUGGAAGGGCAUUUCUCCAAAGGCUAUGGAAAUGUUACUUUCAGUUUAUGGUAUUAAGCAAUAUAUUUCAUGGUUUAUGUUCAAUUGUAGUAAAAUUACUUUUUAUUUUUUAAUAUGAUUUUCCCUUUUAUUUUUUUCUUUCAUACAUUGUAACCCAGAUGAAACGUUUAAUAUUUUGUUAAAGUGAAAACUAUAGGGUGUAUAUAAAUAAGGGUGUUGUUUGGAGAUAAAAUUGUGUGACAUGAAAAUGUACAUAAGACAAUAGCAGGUAUAAACUAGGUUCUCUAUAAACAUGAAAAAAGGGUAUCCCUGUGAGUCUUUAGUUCAGUGAAUGUACUGGGAUGAUACGUUAGAAAUGCUGGAAAAUUAUUCUUUAGGCGAAAAUAAAUCCAAUUGUCAUGUGGUGACUAUUUUCCACACUCUGUUAUCCACAUCUGAUAGAACAUUAAGAAACAGAAAACAAAAAAAUAGACCCAAUGUAGAUUACAAUUUUAAA